AUGGCUUACCCUCUGAGAAAAAUACCAACCCUCAAAGCUUAUGCCAUUCUGUCCAUAUCUAGAUCCGACAUUGUCCCGCUUCCGGAAGAACUAAACGGUAUAAUAGUGACUCCUACCGCCGAAGAGGAGCUCGCGCAACCGCAGGGCAGGCGAUUUGAGAAAAGAUAUCACACAGCUGACGGCAUCGAUGUGUUGAAGCCAAAAGGAGCAGUGCUACAAGGUGGCAUCCUUAAACGAUUCUCUUGGAAUGUAAGCUCCGCUGUUGGAGCCAGUAGUCGUAAAAUUUCCGCUAGAUUAGGAGAGCAUAGCCGCAGACAUUCUCAAGCAUCAACAGCUGCGUCAUCCGAAUCAUUCGGAAGUUCGACGUCGGGAAUCUCUUCCUCAUCAUCUCAUGCCGAUCCAGAGGUAUGUUGGAACACUCGGUAGAU